ACGUUUUCAAUGUAUUAACUUAAUUAUUUUACAAAAACUCGUGUUUUUAACACAAAUUAAACCAUUACAACACUUUAAUUUACAAUCUAAACUUAGAAAAAGGAAGACGAUAUCAUUACCGAUGCGGAUUGAUUGUUAUGAUAGGAAACAGAAUAUAGUGCAUGCAACUAUAACAGGUGAACUGUAUAUGUAGAUAAUGAUAGAUAACCAGGUGCUACGAUGUUAAGAUGUUAGUUUGCUUUAGUCACUCUCCACGUCAAAGCCACGUGAUGAUAAACAGUUCACUGUGCGUCUAAUUCAGUUACAAGUUACAAGGUACAAACAGUGACUACAAGUUCACAGUGUAACGAGUUUCGAGGUCAACCAUAAGAAUUUCCCUUCCGCCAUAGAAUUUUGAGCCAAAUGUGUCUCAGAAAUGCAUUCAGUUAGAUAUCACGGUGGUGGUGGUUAACCUAAAUAACAGGUGUCCCUACUGAUCAGUGAAAUAUUUUUAGUAGAAAAAUAGUUAUUUGAUUACAUUUUCUUCGUGGAUUCAGUUGAGAUUGAAAUAUCAAGGACAAAAUGAACCAGUUUUCUUAUGGAUGGAAGCCGGAAGUUGUCGAACCGCAAUUUCUACGGCAAGAGACGAAGAAGGUUGAAUUGGGGGAAAAAGGAUCUGGCUUCAGACCCAGAGGAGCAGUCCAAGACUUCAACACACUUAGAAGAGAAUGUCUAACAUCAGGCACUCUCUUUGAUGAUCCAGAAUUCCCAGCAGAUGACACAUCAUUAUAUUUUUCAAGAAGACCAGAUAGAUAUAUAGAAUGGAAACGACCAAUGGAAAUUGUAGACAACCCUCAACUAUUUGUAGAAGGGUUCUCCAGAUUCGAUGUACAACAGGGAGAACUGGGAGACUGUUGGCUUCUGGCAGCAGUCGCGAAUCUUACCAUGGAUGCCAAUUUAUUCUUCCAAGUGGUUCCAGAGGACCAGAGCUUUGAUGAGAAUUAUGCUGGUAUCUUUCACUUCAGAUUUUGGCAAUAUGGCAGAUGGGUAGACAUCGUAAUUGACGAUAGACUGCCAACUUAUCAUGGAGAAUUAGUAUACCUCCGUUCAGCAGAGAGCAGCGAAUUCUGGAGUGCCCUAUUAGAAAAAGCCUAUGCCAAACUCCAUGGUUCAUAUGAAGCAUUAAAGGGUGGAAGUACUUGUGAGGCCAUGGAAGAUUUCACUGGCGGGGUGACAGAAAUGUACCAAAUGGAUCAGACACCUCCAAACCUCUUCAGUAUAUUACUGAAAGCAUUUGAAAGAAAUUCCUUAAUGGGUUGUUCAAUUGAGCCUGAUCCAAAUGUAUUGGAAGCAGAGACACCUCAGGGAUUGAUCAGAGGCCAUGCUUACAGUAUUACACGUGUAAAACAUGUGGAAAUUCAGACACCAAAUCAGUAUGGAAGAAUUCCUCUACUCAGGCUCAGAAACCCAUGGGGUAACGAGGCUGAAUGGAACGGUCCAUGGAGUGAUCAAUCUCCAGAAUGGAGAUUCAUUCCUGACCAUGAGAAAGAAGAAUUGGGUUUGACCUUCGAUAUGGAUGGAGAGUUUUGGAUGUCCUUCCAGGAUUUCACCAAAUACUUUACCCAAUUAGAAAUUUGUAACUUGAAUCCAGAUUCGUUGACAGAGGAUGAUUUGAAUGCUGGUAAGAAAAGGUGGGAGAUGAGUGUUUUUGAAGGAGAAUGGGUACGUGGCGUCACUGCGGGAGGCUGCAGAAACUUUUUAGAAACAUUCUGGCAUAAUCCACAGUACCGUAUUACAUUGGAGUAUCCUGAUGAGGAUGAUGACAAAUGUACAGUCAUUGUUGCAUUAAUGCAGAAGAAUAGAAGAGCACAGAAGAGAAUGGGUGCAGAGUGUUUGACCAUUGGGUUUGCAAUAUACCAUUUGGAAUAUCCAGAACGACUACCAAAACCUCUAGACGUUAAUUUCUUCAAGUACAACGCCUCAGUAGCAAGAUCCCCAGCAUUUAUAAACCUAAGAGAAGUAACUUGCCGCUUUAAGUUGCCACCUGGGGUCUAUUGUAUAGUGCCAAGUACAUUUGAUCCUAAUGAGGAAGGAGAAUUCUUGUUGAGAAUAUUCUCUGAAAAUAAAAAUAAUAUGGAAGAGAAUGAUGAGGAAGUCGGUAUCGGAGAAGUUGAUGAUAGGGUACAAGAUGAGCCAGAGCCAGACAGAAACGCAGAAAAAGUUCGUGAAUUCUUCAAGAAACUUGCUGGUGAUGAUAUGGAAGUGGAUUGGAUGGAACUGAAAGAAAUCUUAGAUUUUGCUAUGCGAAAAGAACUACCACAGUCGGUGCGUCGUAGUGAGGCUCAUGAAACUGUACAAGGAGAUGGUUCGUUUAUCGACACUCUCAUCUCACUGCUGUGCGGCAUUGUUUGUAAUAAUGAACAGUACAAUAAGUCCUUAGAAACCCACGAUAAAGGAUUCAGUAAGGAUGUGUGUCGCAGCAUGGUUGCCAUGUUAGAUGUUGAUCACUCUGGUAAACUAGGUUUUGAAGAGUUCAGAACUUUAUGGAACGAUAUAAAAAAAUGGAGGGCUGUAUUCAAAUUGUAUGACAAAGACGAAUCAGGAUUCUUGAGCGCAUUCGAAUUGCGGCAAGCUUUAAAUAGUGCAGGAUAUCGGUUAAAUAAUCAUAUAUUAAAUAUUUUGGUCCAUCGUUAUGGAACAAAAGACGGCACAAUUACGUUUGAUGACUACAUAAUGUGUGCAGUUCGACUUAAAACAAUGAUAGAUAUUUUCAGGGAACGAGAUCCAGAUCAAACUAACACAGCUACAUUUACGAUGGAAGAAUGGAUAGAGAAGACGUUAUACUCAUAAAAAAAAGUAUGUUACGAUUUUAAUAGCUGUUUUUCUUUUACUACAAAGUGGCCAAGAAAACAAAAGAGAAAAAGAAAUAUUUCCUAUUUACAGUAAUUUGUCUGUUGCAUUUGUAUUGAUAGAUAAAUAAUGGUAUUACGUGCCUUAAUAUACCUAUGUACAGCACCGAACAUGAUAGGCUCCCAUCCGUCCCAUCCAUAACUGUCCACUAUUUGCGUAUAAACGUUUGCACGGAAAAAUUUAAAUUAAUAUCUACUUUAUUAUUCGUAUUUUUCAAUUACAUACUAAAUUUUAUAAUUCUUAAUAGUUAAAAAUGUUACUUUUUUCUAAAUCACUUUCAAUGUAAAUUUUGUUAAAAUUUAGGUUUAGAGAAUUUCUGCUUCCUCUCUAUCCCUAUUUUCUUUAGGAAGCUUAGCGUGCUCGAUGCUGAACAUCUAAAUUCUAAUUUUGCUAAAAUAAUAAUUUAUUACAACAGACAUAGAAACUAGUCUAUAAUUUUAUACUUCAAAUGUGAAUAAAAAAAAAUCUUAUAAAUUAUUUAAAUAUAUUUGUCCGUCUUCCUUAUGUUUAUACUCUAUUGCAAAUAAAAUUUAAGAACUUCG